AAUUUUUAGUAAGUAUUUCACAUUUUCAGUAAAACAUAGUUUUAUUUUAUUACGAAAUGCAAUAAGCAAUAGAAAACUUGUGAAGUAGCAAAGUAAAAUAAAUUACCUCGUAUACCUAAAAAUAUGUUUCCAUAUUGUUUAUUCACAUUACGUAAUGUUUUCAGCAAGUACACUAUUUUAUACUGAAGCAAAUUUUCUACAUUCAAAUGAAGCUAUAAACAAAAAUACAAAUAAUAGAAACGAAUUAAUUAAUAUAAUACAAUCUUUAAACAGUUUAAAUGAUAACUUGGAAAGUAAUAAUGAAGAAUACAAGAAAAUGCUUCGAAAUGCUAAAGAACUUACCGAUAUGGAGAAAGAACAAAAACUUCAAGAAAUACUGUGGUUAAUAAAAACAAACUACGACGCUCAAAAACUAUAUGAUUUGAUACAGAACCCGGUUCACUCUGGAACUAGGUUGUAUUUUAUAAAGAACCCUAAAGCUAUUGAUGAAUAUAAAAAAUAUUUGGAACGUAAAAAAAUACGAAAUCCGAGAAAACCGAACAUCAAAAAUAAGUUGCAAGAUUUAAGAAGAAAGGUUAUGUUCAGAAUAGGUGGAGAAUCUUAUGAAGAGCAUAUAACUGAAAGGAAACUGCCUGUAGACUCUAUGGAAAUCCAUGAUAAGAAACUACAUGCAAGUGGAAUAUCCAAUAGCGAUUUAAGACGAGAAAAAAGUGAUUUGGGCAUUAGAGAUGAACGGGAAAUUGAAAAAACCCGAAAUUGGUACAAAAAAGUUGAUCAAUAUGAUAAAAUUCAUAAAAUUACAUCUGAAAAGAAGUUAGCAAUUUCCAAAUACAAAAAUUAUGAUAACAAUUUUGAUAAUAACAAUGGUAAAUUUGAAAUUAAUAGGUUGAAUUCGAAGGAAAAGGAGAAUAGGUGGAAAAAAACUUAUGAUUUUGUUAAAACCACUAAAUUCACAACAGAGUUUAAAAGAAAAAAUUUGAAUGAUGGACCUUUUAAACCCAAAAUUAGAUUUAAAAAUCCUAAAGGUGAUAGAAAUAGAAACGAUUAUUCUGUGUAUGCGCGUACGCCGAUACCGUAUGUCAAAAGAGGUGUUUACGAAGAUGAAUAUAAAUAAUAAUAAAAUGA